GUUUUGAUGUAUGUAGCGCAGUUACAAUAUUUUGAAGUGUUUUCAUCGAAAGACGAUCGUUUUUUUAAGAUUAGAGAGCGCUGACUUUUGCAACAAACUGCAAAAUGGAGGACGACGCUCCUGUUAUUUAUGGGCUCGAAUUUCAGGCACGAGCACUGACUGCCCAAACAGCUGAAACUGAUGCCAUUCGUUUCCUUGUGGGCACACAGUCACUCAAAUUUGACAACCAGAUCCACAUCAUUGACUUUGAUGAUGAGAAUAACAUCAUUAAUAAGAAUGUCCUUCUGCACCAAGCUGGGGAGAUAUGGCACAUUGGCGCCAGUCCUGCAGAUAAGGCUGUGCUUACCACCUGCUAUAACAAAACCAGUGACAGCAGGGUGGUGUCCUGUGCAGCAGUAUGGCGGAUGCCAUCUGACUGGGAGACAGGAAGUCAUGAGUCACCUGAUGACUCCGCCCAUAACCCCCAAACCCUGGAGUUGCUCUGUCACCUAGACGACAAUAGCCACAGCAACGCUGCCUGUGUGCUGUGGGAGCCCAUGGGGGAUGGCAAACGUGUGAUUUCAUUGGCUGAUAACCAUGCACUGCUCUGGGACCUGCAGGAGAGCUCCACAUGGGCCACGCUCUCCAGCACUGCCACUCUGGAGGGUAAAGGUCAGCUGAAGUUCACCUCGGGCAAGUGGAGCCCCCAUCACAAUUGCAGCCAGCUCGCCACAGCGAAUGAUACGGCCAUACGAGGCUGGGACCUUCGCACUAUGAGUCAGAUCUACUGUAUAGAAAAUGCCCAUGGCCAGCUGGUGCGUGACCUAGACUUCAACCCCAACCGGCAAUACUACUUGGCCAGCUGUGGAGACGACUGCAAGGUCAAGUUCUGGGAUGUCCGCAACAUCCAGGAGCCCGUCAAGACCCUGGAGGAGCACUCACACUGGGUGUGGAGUGUCUGCUACAACCACAGCCACGACCAGCUGGUGUUGACAGCCAGCAGUGACAGCCGCCUCAUCCUCUCCAACAUGGUGUCCAUCUCCUCAGAGCCAUUCGGACACUUGGUGGAUGAUGAAGAGCUCAGCGAGGGGGAGGACAACCACCAGGAAGACAAGGGUAAGGAGCCCCUAAAGGACAGUGUGGUGUCCACCUAUGAGGAACAUGAAGACAGUGUGUAUGCGGCAGAGUGGUCAUCAGCUGACCCCUGGCUUUUUGCCUCACUCAGCUACGACGGACGCCUUGUCAUCAACAGGGUCCCCCGCGCUCUCAAAUACCGCAUCCUGCUGUAAGAGGGCAGGGAGGGACAGGUGACCUGAAUGUGCAUAUGUGUUUGUGUGCAGUGAGAGUGCAAGAGAAGAGAUAAUAAAACUGUACAAAUUCUUUGCUACAAAAGCUGCCAAUAGAUAUUCCAUUCUAACUUAUAAUAUCCUGUGCAAGACACUGCAAACUGCAUGUGAAGGCAGCAAUGGUGAGGACUAUGUGUCUGAUGGAAAUAUACUGUAGUUCGUAUGUAUCAAAUGACCACUGUAAAAAAUAAAACUGUGCUGCUCAUGAUUUCUGGAUAAACAUUUCACAUGGUGUGCUUCUUAAAUGUUGGCACCAACCUCAUGAGAUAGCAACACACACACAUAAAACAUCAUAUUCUUCAGUCUACUGUGUCAUGUCAUUAUGUUUAUUCAUAUGUUAUUUCCUAGCAUUUUGUUGUCUGAAUCUUAUUUGUUGUCCUUUAUGCAUUAUCUGUGUGACAAUAAAUACUGGUGCUCAACUAUCAGUACAAUCAUACUUACAUACAAAUGCAAAAGACACAGUAUUUGUAUUUCAGCAAAGAGAGUAAAUGGACUGUAUUUAUAUACCGUUUUUCUAGUCUGACGACCACUCAACAUUCUCUUACAACACAAGCUUACUUUCACCCAUUCACACAUGGUAGCUAGGCCACCUGCUCAUUACAGCCAUUAACAUGCUCACACACACUCACAAACCCACAUUUGUUUUGGGCCAUGUGGGGCAGCAGAACAAGCUGUGAAGUUGAUGUGACAAAGGUGUGAGCAAAUAGCUGCUUAUUUACAAAACCAGCAGAUGCAGGGAAACAUAAGCAAUAAUUUCGAGUCGUGUUUUUAGCCACCAGUUGAUUGUAAGUCCAACAGUCACUCUCCUUUUAGCUCUGUUUUGGUCUCAACCAACUUCUUAGAGAAAUCAAGUGGCAUGAAAGAGUUUGGGCACCCCUGGCCAAAAUUUCUGUUCCUGUGAACAGCCAAGUUAGCAAAAGACGACCUAAGUUCCAAACAGCAAAGUUAAAGAUGACUCAUUUCUUUAAUAUUUUGAGAAAGUCUACUUUUAUAUUUCCACCUUUUACGCUUUCAAAAUAACAUAAAAGGAAAAGGCCCUGAAGCAAAAGUCUGGGAACCCCGCAUGGUCAUUACUUAGUAACACCCGCUUUGGCAAGUUUCACAGCUUGUAACAGCUUUUUGUAGCCAGCCAAGAGUCUUUUAAUUCUUGUUUGGAGGAUUUUCACCCAUUGUUCCUUCUGUGAAAUAUUUGGGCCAUCAUGCAUACACUACUCUUUUGAGGUGUAUCCACAGAUUUUCAGUGAUGUGUAGGUCAGGGGACUGUGACAGCCAUGGAAAAGCCCUCAGCUUGUACCUCUUGCGGUAGUCCAUUGUGGAUUUUGAGGUGUGUUUAGGAUCAUCAUUAUCCUGUUGUGGAAGCCAUCCUCUUUUUAUCUUCAGCAUGUUUACAGCUGAUGUUGUCAUGAUGCUAUCUAAAGGCAAAAGGUAAACACCAGCCCAAAAUGCAUCAGGCAUGUUUAGAUGUUCCUUUGAAAACUUCUGAUGCUGAAUUUUUAGGUGAGGAUGCAGCAAAGGUGUCGCAGAACAGCACACCACUGACACUUCCAGAGUCUGGAAAUCUGAGUCUUGAUUUGCUUUUCUAGCAUUCCAAUUAAAAUUCUCUCAGAAAGUGUUGUUGGGGUUUUUUGUGAUGUUGAUUAUGUUGGUUUUGUUGGUUCAGCUUGACCUUCGCCAAUUCUUAUUUUAAUUUUCAGAGUGCUAGGCAGCUGCUUAGAGGAGCCCAUGGCAACUGAUUGUUGGGAAACGGUUUGAGGAAUGUAUUUCUAAAGUUUUGAAAUUUGUAUCAUCUGGCUAUCACAUUUUCUACCUAACAAGCUACUUAAGGUCAGAGACAUUGGUAAAGGUUAUCUGAGAGCUCAAAUCUCUUGGGGUACCCAAACAUUUGUAUUGUUAUCCUUUAAUUUUCUUCACUCUAAAAUUGUACAAAACAAAAAUAAUCAUCUUUAACUUUAUGCCUUUUGGAGAUUUGUUCAUCUUGUACUCACUUAACUAUUCACAGUAUCAGAAAGGAUACAAGUGGUGCCCACAUUUUGCAUGCCACUGUAUCUGGCUCAUUGGCUCUUUAGCUGCUACUCUACCUGCAAUUACUACUCUUUAGUUGAUGUUCCUCUGCUUUCACCAGCUAGUUGCUAACUUUGUCAGCUGUUUGGUGCUGGCCAGGUUACAUGCUGGGGAUUAUCAGAGCUGCUGGAAAUGACAGUGAACCAAGCUGCUUGCUUAAUUUGCAAGCUGUAAAACCAAAAAAGAGCUGAAAGACAUAACAACGCUUCAGCAGCUGAGACGUGGUGAUUAUUUUCUGUUGGUUUGAAUUUUGUGUCAUCACUUAAUUGAUGAAUUGACUAAUUUGAUUUAUUUAACUGGAAGUACUGCCCUCAAUACAGACUUAGAUGCCAAAGCAAGGUAAAAUUGAAAUAAAGCCAAGAAAUAAUUCUAACACGAUUACAACAUGCAAACCUGUGUGUACACCACAUAUCUUGUCACACCUGAGAAACUGCUGGAAAAUAUCUGUUGUGACAUCUCUGGUUGGGGUGUGGCCACAAGUAUGACAUGCAACAUUAAACCUAUACAAUUUUGUACCCUUUGUGAUUCAGUUGGCCUUUCUGAAGACUGUAGAUUUACAGUGUACUGUGAGCUGCAUCCCUUGCUCUUCUCUCCCCUCACACAUGUGCUCACUUCUCCCUUUCCUUCUCACUCCAUACAGUGCGAUCUGAGACUGAUCAACACUGACAGUCUGAGCCUCUAUUAUGGCGGACACCACUGCCAGGCCUUUUAAUUGCACCUUGACUCUAUGCGUCACACUUUCACACACAUACACAGACUAGUGCCAAGGGAGGGGCACAGGGCCUUCAUUAGCUAUGCCAGUGGGGGCAUGCAGUGAUGUGUCUGAAUACAGACUGUAUUCGGCUGUCUAAUCAGAGAAGCUGCUCACAGAUGCACAUUAAGAGUCACACACAUACAAAAACCUUGUUACCCUACAGUCAAUAAUUGAGAGGAGGGAUCAGGGUGGAGAUACAGAGGGAUGUGAGCACUGAAAAGGUAAUUGCUGGAUCUUGCCCAUCUGGAAACUUGUGAUGCUUGUCACAGACAUGCAAUGACACGCACACAAGCAGCAGUCAUUGUCUCUUCUGUCUUCUGGGCACCAUUGUAUAUAGAAUUGUGAGGGUGACAAGCAUGUAUGCCAGGGUCUUAUAUGUAAUGGAGUAUGUGUCUGUAUUUGUUGUAAAGAAAGACAAUAUUAAAAAAACAAUGAUUGAUUAGAAAAAGCAGAGCCAGAUAUUUCAUCACCAGAAACAGAAUAUCCAGUUAAUAUUGCAGCUUUUUGACCAGUCACUCUACAUGCUGAUAACAGCCAAAUGUUUAUCUGUGAAUCGAUGAAGGCACCUCUUUAGUAUUCCUGAAAGGCUACUCUGAUGGAUUUGUAGCCAUAUACAGGCUACAGCAUUUUGCUGGCCAACAAUAACACAUGAUGGCAGCUGGUGGUUGAAUUAAAAAAAAAAAAAAGGAGAGAAAAAAACGAUCCACACCUUUGUGUCAUCCACAAAUAUGGAAUUCAUGAAUUAUUGUAAUUUUUGUGUCAUUCACAUUACCCAUCAACAGCUUCAACGGCCUCUUUGGCCGCACACAAUUUUAAACACACUAACACAUUCUAUAAAUUAGAAAUAAUGAGUAAAAUGUGUUUGUGUCAACAUCACAAAUGCACAGUAAUUCCAAUAUUAACUCCCCUUGCAGCUCUCUUUCACCUUUUUCAGCUCCUGAGAAAAAUACCAUCUCUUUAGCUGCUUAAUUAACACUACCACUAGCUCAUCUUAACUUUGUCCUGCCGUUUGGUGGUGGGAAGGUAGUGUACAACAAGGUAAAAUAGGCUAAAAGGCACUGUAGAGCAUAGGGGAAUUACAUAGUUGGGUGAUAAUUCUCUGUGGUUUCUUCACUAUGACUGAUGUCUUUCAAAUUACACAUAGUACACGUGAUCGGGAGCUUUAUGUGCCAGCCACCCAGACUUCCUCAGGUCAUGAGACUCUUGACCUGGAAUAAGAGAUGACAGUGUCAUUGAGGCUGCCGGCAGCCCUUCAUGAGUUACUGCACUCUCCUGGGAAGUAGAGGCUGACAUUUUUGUGGUGGUGCUUAUGAACUUCUACCGUCAGUGAGGUGUGUGAGACCUUUCUGCUGUUUCUGACAGUUUCUGUUACAGUUGUGACUGCAAAGCCUAAUUCAGCUCAAAGUGUUGAAAACGGUGGGACAGUCAUAGUGGAACCGGUAGGUUUAGAGGACUGGUUAUAGUGUGACCUGAGAAUGGUCAAGCAAAAAUGUUGAAUCAAGAGCAGAUUGUUGAUGAUUUUGUGGUACACAAGGCUCAGAGGACUAUGUUCAGAGAGGUGAAUACAUAACAGCUACAGAGGCAUCAACAACCACUGCGUUGCUUGGCAAUGGAGCAUUGUGUGUUUGAGUGCUACACAGUGUGUAAAAACUGUGCAGCUCUCUUUGCUUUAUUAGGGCUAAAGCCCCGAAGGGGCAGAACCCUUCUGUGUUUGUACCGGUUUAUUAUCAUCAGUUGUUUUCUUUUGCAGCGUCUCAAACUGCUGUGAGCUGGAUUGUGCUAAACACAUGAGACUCCAAAUAACUGGAAAUGAUGUGCAAGUGCUUCCCAAGAAAUGUGAGCCCAAUCAGCCAGAUAGUGAUACAAAAAAUACAAUUUUUGAAAGGCCACGUCUCUUACUUCUUCUGAUCGACUUGAAAUUGGACAAGCAGGUCCUACUUCAUUUGCUCUACGAAAAAAACUCUUGGACCAUAAAAGUCUGCCAUGAUGGACUUUCUGCCAUUUUGAAUUUUUUGAAAAGCAGGAGUAUUAUGUAUGUAUGAAAUUGUUGGAUUUUGACUGUCUCACCAAAAUGGGUAUACAGCUUCACAGGACUGAGAUAAACAUUACGAAUAUAAAUGAACAAGAUCGGUUGAAAAACGUGAUCGCCAUCAAUGAUUAAACUUAAAAGGCAGCAGGAAAUUAGCCAUAACUCAUUAGCGAUUUGUCCAGUCAUCAUAAAUCUUGUACAUAUCUUCAGGGUGUGAUUGGGAAUAGGGCUACUGUGUAUUUUGAGCCUGACAGCCACACUAUGUCCUGAACAUGAGUUUGGACAAAUUGUGUAACUUUGAGUGAGCAGUUAGUGAAAUGCUGCAGGAUGAAACAAACGUGUGAUUGGUCUCACGUCUUCUUGAAUGAGAAUUAAACUAGCUGAAGUGACCUUGCUCACCUUUGUGAGACCUGAAACCCACUUGUUGGGGCAAUUGCAGCUUGCUUCUGUGUGAACAAAAAAAGGCUUGAACCCAGAAUCAGCACUUGCAGCUGUAUUGUGUGUUUGAGACAGCAGCCACGAUAUUAUUUAUACAUCUCUGUGUUGUCUGCUUUGGUGAUGUUUUAUUCUUCUGUUAAAGUGGCACUUUUACCAUUUACCAAACAUUUUUUUCAGUGUCAAGAAUGUUGGUAGUUGUAGCUAGCUUCUUUGACCUGUGCAAACUGCUCAGGAAGCACGACAACAGCAUGACAAAAGCCAACUUACUGUCCAAAUCUUUCAUUCUUCCAUGGGUUACAUUAUUAAUUUAUUAUUCAAAACCUAAUACCUAUGGUGUUCAUUGUGAGUUUCAGGUGCCUUGAUCAUUUGAACUAUAAAAAUGAUCUUUUGCCAUGUUUCCUUCUAUGAUUUUAUCACAAUGUGAUGUGCUUUGGUCACCUUUUAGGUCUAAGUUAUUUGUCAAUUUGCAAUUUUAGUGUCAAAAAUGAUUUUUUUAAUCAUAAUAUUAUCAUUACAUUACUACACCUGUUCAGAUUUACUUUAAAAUUUACUUUUAAAUUUAAAUGUUCAAUUUCAUAUUAUCUUGCAGUAAUUCAAUUAUUAUCAUUAUGAUUAUUAUUAUUAUUUUGCUGUCUUGGCACAGCACAGCUAAGUUAAGGCAUCACAUACAUACAUACGUACAUACAUUCAUACAUAUGAAAUCAUUUUUAUUAACGAGGCCUUAUAGAUAUUUCUAUCAGUGCAUUUAUAUUCAUAUUAAAAACAAGUAUUUUCCUGCAAUGCCUGUAAAGCAUGCAUAUAUCAAGGAAUGCGUCUCUCAUCUACAAACCACAACACAACAACAAGUGGAACUUGUUGUUGUGUUGUGGUUUGUGGUUUGGAACCUUUUAACAAUUUCUUCUUUUUUGUCCUUUUAUAAGAAGUGCUGGCAGCAACUGCCUGAGGGUUCUCAACUGAUCAGGUUCAUCAAUACUGGCCUCAGAACACUGAAGGUAGCGUGUAGUGAUGCAGUGGACCUGUAAGCAGUGUAUUUUUUCUGUAGACAAAAGAGUUUUGAGUAACAGUUGUUUAAACACUGUUGCCUAAAACAUGGAGGAUUCGCUCGUCAACAGCCAGUCCCAUGUCUUGCUUGUGCACUUUAAAAUCUUUUAAUGCACUCAAAGAGCAUUUCUCUGUUUGGCACUCUCAAUCAGACAUUGGACAAGCAAGUAAACCCAGUGUAUGGAUGUUGAUUUACAGUACAAUAAAAAAAAUACUUUGUAUAGAGUUUAGUAUUUAUAUUGUUAAAUAGGGGUCAUUGUGUGCAGGAUAUUGGUUGGUGUUUCAGGUAUUGGUUUGUAUUUGGGCUUUGGAGGGGGGAGGAGUUUUUGGCCUUAUGAACCAGUUGGUCAAACACAGAUGUCAAGUGUACGGACACAUAAGUGCUUAAUUGUAAACACACCGACCAGGCAUAAGCACAAUAAAAGAGUGUACCUGUCUUCAUCAAAAAUAGAAGGCAACAUUGCAGUCAAGGGGAAAAACAUUAUUGGCCUCAGAGCUAUUUUGAAUGUCACGGGUCAAAGUGGUGGUAACAUCACAAUGUGCGCUGCAAUCACACAGAAUGGGGUCCUCUACCGCAAUUCCAACUUAGGUCCUUACAACACAGCCCACCUGCUCACAUUUUUAGACAGACUGUACAACAUAGUCACAGCAGAAGGCCAAAUGGAUGCAGAGCAGAUGAGAUACAUUGUCAACUGGGACAAUGUAUCUUUCCACUGAUCUACUUUGGUCCAAAACUGGUUUCGUCAGCAUCCACAGUUUUCACUCCAAUACCUCCCACCAUACUCCCCCUUCCUUAGCUCCACUGAGGACUUUUUUUCAGCAUGGGAAUGGAAGGUUUACAAUCUCCAGUCCUAUGUCAGGAUACCACUGAUUCAAGCCAUGGAGGAGGCCUGUGACCAAAUUGUUGCAGGGUCUGUGCAAGGUUGAAUUCGUCAUUUAAGAAGAUUCUUCCCUCGCUGUCUUGUGAGAAAGAACGCAGCCUGUGAUGUGGACAAAGUGCUAUGGCCAGACCCAGCUAGGCCACGAGAUGAUGCUGAGGGUUUCUUUUCUCUUUUUUCCUUUCUUUUCAUUUUGUCUUCACAAAUGUUUUUGCACGAUAUUCUACUGUAUUUAGAAUCUGUUCUGUUCUGAUUUUGAGUGCAAAAUGCAGCCUUUGGAAAUGCAUGGAUGUAUUGACUGAUUUUACAGUGUGGAGAGAAAUAAAAAAAAAUCCUCAGUGUGUAGUACUGGACUUCUGUGUUGUGUUUGGUCGAUAUAUUCAUGUACUUUAACAAUAUCUCUGAAAAAAUCAAACCCAGACUACAUGAUUAGAAAAGUAGAAAUGUUCAAAGUGUUUUAGAUUGAGCCCAGCAGUGUGUAACUGGUUCAAACAUAUCAUAUGAACCAUGUGUGUUCCAUAUGGUGACAAAAAUUGGGUUUUUAUAAAUUAUUGUAUAGUUUUGAAUAAAGAGUUUCAUUUUGCAAAAGAUCUGAGGCGUUCUGCUAUGUGUGGUUGCGUAAAAAACAAAAAACAACAAAAAAAACUACGUUGCUUAUGAGAUGUUAUUUUUGUGGGUUUUUAUUUUUUGUUUUUUUUAAUGUGCACUUAUUUCCUUAUGAUUCCUUAUGAUUAUUAUUAUUUAUAAAGGUACUAUGUAUGUAUGUAUGUAUGUAUAGGUAUGUAUGUAUGCAUGUAUACAUGUGUGCUUUUAUUUUUUAUUUUUAUUGUUGUUUACGUGAUCGAAAUAAAGUUAUA